AGAUGGGGCGAUGGCACCGCACAGGCUGCUCCUGCUGCUGGCGGCCGCCCUGGCCCCGACCCAGACCCGCGCGGGCUCGCACUCCAUGCGAUAUUUCUCCACCAUCGUGUCCCGGCCCGGCCUCGGGGAGCCCCGGUUCAUCUCUGUCGGCUACGUGGACGACACGCAGUUCGUGCGCUACGACAGCGACGCGGAGACUCCACGAGAGGAGCCACGGGCACCGUGGGUGGAGCAGGAGGGGCCAGAGUUUUGGGAGAGGCAGACACAGAACGCCAAGAACAGCGAGCAGAUUUACCGAGUGAGCCUGAAAAUCCUGCUCCGCUACUACAACCAGAGCGAGGGCGGCUCUCACACCAUCCAGCGGAUGUACGGCUGUGAGAUGGGGUCGGACGGGCGCCUCCUCCGAGGUUAUCAUCAGGCCGCCUACGAUGGCCGCGAUUACAUCGCCCUGAACGACGAUCUUAAAACGUGGACAGCAGCGGACACGGCGGCGCAGAUCACCCAGCGCAAGUGGGAGCAGGCUGGUGUUGCAGAGAUACACAGGGCCUACCUGGAAGGCGAGUGCGUGGAGUCACUGCGCAGACACCUGGAGAACGGGAAGGCCGCGCUGCUGCGCUCAGAUCCCCCAAAGGCACAUGUGACCCAUCAUCCUGGACCUAAAGGUGAUGUCACCCUGAGGUGCUGGGCCCUGGGCUUCUACCCUGCCUCCAUCACCCUGACCUGGCAGAGGGAGGAGGAGGAACAGACUCAGGACAUGGAGAUGGUGGAGACCAGACCUUCUGGAGAUGGAACCUUCCAGAAGUGGGCAUCUCUGGUGGUUCCUUCUGGGGAGGAGCACAAAUACACAUGCCAUGUGCACCAUGAGGGGCUGCCUGAGCCCCUCACCCUGAGAUGGGAGCCUCCUCAGUCCACGGUCGCCAUCAUGGCAGUCAUUGCUGUUCUGGUUCUCCUUGGAGCUGUGACCAUCAUUGUAGCUGUGGUGGCCGUUGUGAGGAAGAGGAGGAGAAACACAGGUGGAAAAGGAGGCAACUAUGCUCCAGCUUCAGACACGGACAGUGACCAGAGCUCUGAUGUGUCUCUCCCAGACUGUAAAGCGUGAAGACAGCUGCCUGGUGUGGAUGGAGUGACAGAUGAUGUGUUCAGGUCUCUCCAGUGACAUCCAGAGCCCCUCAGUUCACCCUCAGCAAUAGUGUCUGGUGUUCCCUGCUGGGAGCCGAUUUGAGUGGCUGCCAUUACAAGAUGGCGCUUGCCCCGGCCUCGCUUGGUGAACAAUCCCAUAUUAGGCAAUGCUGUGGAACCGUGCCUCUCGCAUGCGCAGUGGCGAUGAUGUGUUUAGGGCCAAUCCUGUGGCCAGGAGCAUCGGCAGGCGCGCAUCGGCCAAUCCAGGCACGACUCGU